CCCACAUUCAUUCUACGUAUCUGACCAUUUGCGCAUUUGACCAGUUGUGCGGGUUUUCUUUUCUUGGGGCGGGCGUAAUGCAUGCGAGAUGCCGCCCGAGGUGGUGCAGUGCAGCAGAAAUUCACAGCAAAUGACCAAUCACAGAGACUCUUGCCCUUGUGGUAAGAGAAGAUGCCACGCGCAGUUCCCUUGGUCUUUUUACGCGGCUUUCAAUAAGGGGGGCUUGCCUCUGUCAACUUGGGUCAGCCGCCCCCACCUGCUUCAAAUUGCAAAACUGCAGUCCCUUGACGUCCCCUUUCCAGUUGAGAUGUCCGUUUUGGCACCAAUUUCAAGCCCUCGAUGGACCCGAUCUCGGCAUUUGGCCUCAUUGCGAGCGUCGCCCAGACGCUUAGCGCUGUCGGUGAACUGAUUAAAUUUAUUAACCAGGUCAAAAAGGCCAACAUGGAGAAAGAUAGACUUGCAGUUGAAGCUGCCGACCUCGUCAUUUUUCUUACAAGAUUUCGCAGCGAUAUCGAACAGCAGAACCAAAAAAUCCAUCAGUAUUCGGGCUUGGAUCAGGUCUUUGGACCUGGUGGACCGCUGGAUCGGCUUUCCGAUGCUGUAAAUCGGCUAGUUAGAAAGUUGAGGCAAACGAGCCGGUGGAAGGUUUUCAGAUCGGUGACAUGGCCACUUGAAAAACAGGAAGUGGAUGAAGUUGUAGGGUUGAUCGAAUCACUCAAGUCUCUGAUCAACCUCCGCCUGACCGCGGACAACUUUCGACUGGCCGCAAAUAUAGACACGGGGGUAACUGAGCUCAAGGUACGCGCCGAGAAGGAGCAACAAGAUCGUGAGCAUCGGGCUCUCCUGCAGUGGAUAUCACCUCUCGACUUCUCUACAAGACAAGGCGACUAUUUUUCUCGGCGCCAUGAUGGAACUGGGACAUGGUUUCUCGAGGAUGGCGCCCUUGGCAGUUGGUGUGACGGACCUCCCCGAACACUCUGGUGUCACGGGCAGCCGGGCUCUGGCAAGACGAUUCUCACAUCCCUGGCUAUAAAUUGGUUUAGCAACAAGCUUGAUCAGGACGCACGCGUAGCAUACGUCUAUUUCAACUACAAGGAAGAGGAAACGCAAACAUCUGAAAAAAUGAUUGCAAGUUUACUGGAGCAGCUUGUGAGAGUCAGUCCCAUACUGAGCCCCAAGCUGCUUGCGGCGUACAGACAACACCAAAAGCUGAGAACGAGACCAACGCUAGCGGAGGUAUCUACCCUCCUGCAGUCCGAGCUCCAACGAUACUCGAGAAGCUUCAUCUUUGUGGAUGCGCUGGACGAAUGCUCACGACAGAACGGGAACAUGGAUAGGUUCAUUGCCGAACUAAGCAGCUUACAACGGCACGCUCACCUCUUCGUUACUUCUCGCUUCUCCCCUUCCCCGGAAUCUAGACUCAAACCAGAGUUACAAAUGGAGAUACGAGCAUCUGAUGCAGACAUAAAGCACUAUCUGAAUAGCCGAGUCCGCAGCGAAGGCCGACUCGGCCGCCUGCUCGCCAACGACGCAGACCUCCAAACCACCGUUGUCAGCCAGAUCACAAGCAACGCCGAGGGGAUGUUUCUCCUCGCCCAACUCCAAAUCGACUUCCUCUCGCAAAAAACCAACCGCCGCGACAUCCGCCGCGCCCUACCCUCCCUCCCCCACCAACUCCCCGACGUCUACUCGGCCGCGCUCCACCGCAUCCGCACCCAGAGCCCCGACGACGCCCUCCUCGCAGAGCGUUUCCUCGCCCUCAUAGUCCUCUCCAAGCGGCCCCUUACCCUGCUCGAAGCGCAACACGCGCUCGCCGUCGAAGUCGAUGCCUACGACAACAGCAACAACAACAACAACAACACCCCCGACGGAAGCAGCAGCGUCUUCGACAAGGAGGGCAUCCCGGACGAGGAGAUACUCGUGUCGGCGUGCGCGGGACUCGUCGCCGUGGACCGUCAGGGGGGCGUCUGUCGGCUGGUGCACUACACGGCGCAGGAGUACUUUGAGACGGCGUUUGCGGAUAGAAUGGGGGGGUUCCGGGUGGACAUGGCAGCGAUGUGCGUGGCGUACUUGUCGUUGGAUGCGGUAAAGGGGGUUGGUGGUGGUGGUGAUGGUAGUGGUAGUGGUGGUGGCGAGGUUGAAGAAGGGAGGGAGAGGCUGGCGUUUGGGGAGUAUGCGGCGCAGUAUUGGGGGGACCAUGCACGGGGCGAGCCGGAGAAAGUGUUGAGGAAGAGGAUUGCGAGGUUCUGUAGGGAUAGGGAGAGGAUUGCCAUGUGGUACCAGGUCGAGCACCGGCGCAGGCAUGGGUUCGAGGUGGAUGCUGCUGCCCUGGAGAAGGUGACGGGUUUGCAUGUUGCUGCUGGUCUUGGGCUCGCGGCGGUCGUGGAGGCGCUUCUGGAAGUGCGGGACGUAGACGUCAAUGCUAGGGAUAUUCACGGGGAGACGCCGUUGCAUUGGGCGGCGGCGAAGGGGUAUGAGGACGUGGUGAGAGUGCUGCUAGGAAAGAGGGAUGUUGUUGCCGAUGUUGAGAGUUUGCUUGGCAUGACAGCGCUGUCGUCAGCAGCUGAAGGCGGGCACAUGGGAGUGGUGAGGUUGCUUGCCGAGAGAGACGACGUGGCGUUGGAUGCUCAUGACAGCGUGACAGGGGUGACGCCACUGUGGAGAGCGGCGGAUCGGGGGCACGAUGGCGUUGUCCAGGCGUUGCUAUCUUCUUCCAACCUGAAACCUGUAAACGUCAACGCACCAGACAGGCACUUCUGCGAGACACCACUUUCACGAGCGGUUAAGCGGGGAUAUGUGCCGGUGAUCCAGGAGAUUCUGAAGCGGCUAGAUGUGGAUUUGAACGCGGUGGAUACAGGCUACGGAGAUGGGGCAUUGGUGUUGGCCAGAAAGAUCGGCAACGAGGAGGUGAUUCGGACGCUUGAGAACCACGUUGAGCUCGGCAGUGUGUAGAUGGGGGACAAAAUUGAUGGCCGUCCCGCAAUAUACUCCUGAGACCGCUACUAUACCUACCCAGGCUCGGCUUCCCGCCAACCUAUCCCGCCAACCUACUAAGGUAUACGGCGCUUACAUGUGUACCAGGGGUUUAGUACCGGACGGGUACUGUUGACACCGAGAGGGACAUGUGCACCCGCCCGAGAUAUACUUAUAGGGGCGGCCUAGACUGUGG